AUGCUGUCGGCUUCGUCGCUGCGCUCGAAGCUCCAGAACCUGAACGUGGACUUGUCCAAGUUCGGCGGGCCUUCCGACAAGCCGCAGUUCACGCCGUACGACUGCGACAAGGCGAAGGUCCUUCAGGAGGCACGGGCGUUUUCCGAGUCCCCGCUGAAUCCGAAGAAAUGCAGCCAAAUCAUCACAAAGAUCCUCUACCUGUUGUCGAGCAAUGCGGACCCGCUGACGAGUGCAGAAACCAGUACGCUGUUCUUCGGCGUCACGCGGCUCUUCCAGUCGAGCGACGAGCGCCUGCGCCGCCUCAUCUACAUGCUGCUGAAGGAGUUGAGUGUCCAGACAGCCGAAGGCUUCAUCGUCACCAGCUCAUUGACCAAAGACAUGACCAGCAACAGCGACCGACACCGCGGGAACGCAGUCCGCGUGCUGUCGCGGAUCGUCGACGCCGCCAUGGUUUCGCAGAUCGAGCGCUACUUGAAGACGGCGAUCGUGGACAAAAACCCGUUCGUCGCCUCGUCGGGCCUCGUGGCGGGGAUCAACCUUUUCCACACGGCCCCCGACGUCGUUCGUCGCUGGGUCAGCGAGGUGCAAAGCUGCGUUUUCCAGCACGACAAAGCGCCGAUCGUCCAGGCGCACGCCCUCGUCCUUCUCCACGCCAUCAAGUCGUCCGACCGCCUCGCCCUCCACAAGAGCAUUUGCGAGUUGCUACAAAGUUUCCAGCGUAACCCCGUCGCGGAGUGUCUCCUCAUUCGCUACGUGAAGGAGUUGCUGCUUCAGGGCCUCGCCUCCCACGACGGAGCCGCGGCGCAGACGUACGCGUACGCCGCUGCUCCGACGCUCGGCGCAGCUGGGUCCGCCGACCCUGCACACCAGCGCCUCCUCCUGGACUAUCUGGAGAGCUGCCUGCGACACAAACACGAAAUGGCCAUGUUCGAGGCGGCUCGGGCACUGUGUGACCUCGCAGGCGCAGCCGCUGAGCGCGGUGACGUCGGGAGUGUGCUCCAGAGCUACGACAUCUCCGGCGCGCUGACUGUGUUGCAGAUUCUGCUCACGUCGCCGAAACCGGUCGUCCGAUUCGCGGCUGUCCACGUGGUGAACAAACUCGCGCAGAAGCCGCGCCUGGCCUCGGUCCUCGCACGGUGCAACGCCGAACUUGAACCGCUGCUGUCGGAUCCGAACCGGAGCAUCGCGACGGCCGCGUUGACGACGCUGCUCAAGACCGGACACGAGAGUGGCGUGGAGCGCCUGACCAAGCAGAUCUCCUCCUUCACCAGCGACGUCCCCGACGCGUUCAAGGUCGACGUCGUGAAGGCUGUGCUGCAGCUCUGCUUGGCGUAUCCGAACAAGCACGUGACGCUGACCAACUUUCUGGCCUCGAACCUGCGAGAAGAGGGCAGUGUCGAACUCAAGACGUGCGCGGUCGAGGCCAUCAUGACGGUCGUCCAACAGAUUCCCCAGGCCCAAGAGCUCGGCCUCCUGCAGCUCUGCGAGUUCAUCGAGGACUGCGAGUACGCUGGCCUCUGCACCCGGAUCCUCGCCUUCCUAGGCGAGCAGGCAGCCACCACUGCGACGUCGUCCAAGUUCAUUCGCUUCAUCUACAACCGACUGAUUCUGGAGAACGCCGUCGUUCGCGCCGCAGGCGUCGACGCCCUCACCAAGAUCGCCUUCAACUGCCCACAGCUCCGCGGCGACGUACUCGUCCUCCUCGAAGGAUGCCUCUCCGACAACGACGACGAAGUCCGGGACCGGACGCAGCUGUACUACGCCGCACUCCAGAAAGCAGUCAAGGAAAGCGGCGAGGACGCGGCGCACGCGUGCAUGCAAGCAGACAGCGGAAAGGACCUCCGCGUGUCCACGCCGACGACUGCGCUCUCGGACGACGUGCCGUCCGUCGCGGAACUCCUGAGCACCGACCCGCCCUUCGCGUUGGACCCGCUCUGCGCCUCGCUCGAGAGUUUCCUCGAGACCCAGGCGACGCCCAAGUCGCCCGGAGACGACGCGUUCCCCGCCUUCGACUUCGCCAGUCUGCCGUCCGAAGCGGCCUGGCAAGAGGAGCAGGCGCGACGGCGCGAGGCGCUCGCCGCGACGAAGGCCACCGGCGCGGGGUCGUCGGGCUCCCACGCCCCGCCCCAGUCGCGCGGCGCGGGACCGUCGGGCUCCCACGCCUACAGCGGGGCGCCGGCGCCGACGGCGGACUUGCGCUCGGACGGCAGCGCCUUCCGAGACGGCUACGCGACUGAGGGUGGACCUGCGGGCGCGGCCGUGUCCAGCGCGAUGAGCCGAGCAGCAGUCGAGGCCGAGCUUCACCGCGUGAUGGGCGGACUCGUGGCGCCUCAGACUCUCGGCCCGCUGCUCCUGACGACGAAGGGUACUAUGUUGACGGAGAAGGAGGCCGAGUACGCUGUGGAAGUGGUGAAGCACGUGUUUGCGCAGUUUUUGGUCCUCGAGUUCCGCGUGCUCAACACGGUCGAGGGCCAAGUUCUCGAAAACGUCUUGAUGCGCGUCGCACCGCAACAAGGCGCGUGGGCCGUCGUCGGCGGUGUGCCGAUCCCCGCCCUGACGCUGGACCAGACGCUGCCGUGCUUCGUCCUCCUCAAACGGCUCGGCGCCGGCGAGGGCGCUCGGCGGGCGCAGAACGCGGAGACGGGCGCCUUGUCGGCGGCGCUGAGUUACAUCCUCAAAGAAGCCGGAGACGACAUCGGCUACGAAGACGAAUACCCCGUCGAGCCCGUCGUCGUCACGAUUGGAAGCUACAUCGCUCCCAAGCCGCUCCGGCAAGGCGAGUUCAAGGUUCUCUGGGACUCCCUCGGCAGCCAAGGUACGGAGGCCGUCGGCAAGUUCUGUCUGAACUUCCGCAGCCUCGACUCCGCCGUCACGGGCCUCCUGGCGAUGCUCAAUCUCGCGCCGUGCGACCGCAGCGAGAGCGUCGACCCCCAGAAGACCACGCAGACAGUCCUGUGCUCCGGAAACUUCCUGGGCGAAGCCUCCGUCCUCGCCACAGCCGUCGUCUUCAUGUCGCCCGACCACGGCUGUCUGUUGAAGCUCGUGGUCCGCUCAGACGAUGCUUCGGUGUGCGACGCCAUCUUGCAGGCCUUUGAGUAA